AUGCCGGUUGAGCUUAUCCUUUCGCCAUUAAUGAGGCCCGUUGUUCGGGCCAAAUCAAUCUUGUUCAGCCCCCACAGGAACCAAAGUCACUAUAUCCCGCAAAUCCGCGAAAUGCCCACCAAUGUAUCUCAGUACGCCGUAGUUCGACGCUUUGGUUCGGGAAGCAAGAUCUUUGAUGUGUUUGACACCCAAUGCGGCGCCAUGCCCGUGGGGCCCAAUAACCCCAAGGAGCGCAUCUUCUGGUUCCAGCGCUCGCGCGCCGUGAAGGGCGCUUACAGGAUGUAUUCUUCGGCGAUAUUGGGCACGGGCCCCCAGGGGCAAGAUGAGCCCGUCGCGAACGUGCGAGCUGGCUUGCGAGGCAACGUCUUGUUGAUCCGUGCUCCGGAUGCUCCCGCGGCUGAAUUGGGCUGGCACGUUGUGAGCCACCGAGUCGACGCCAUCGAUAGCUACCGCAUGUUCACGAUGAAUAACGGCCAGACCUAUCAGUGGACUUUCAGAGGGCAGUGGCUUGAGUUGGUGCAUAACGUGGGUGAAAAGGAGCUGGAGAUUCGUGAACGCAUUGGUCGUGUGGUUAUUAAUGGCACGAGUGGCUUUACCUUGUAUUUGGACGAGAGCAAGAUGAUUAGGGAGAUUGCCUUGGGCACUGCUCUUUGCUCGUUUAUCGACCAAUGGAACACGAACUUGGAAGUGGGUGGCAUCUAUGGCGGCAGAUCCGUCGAAAGGGUUCGCUGGAAGAGGGACUAG